GCCCCAGCCCCAUGCAGCAGCCACCGCAGAUGUUCUAUGCGCGGAGGGGCAGGUUUUCGGCGAGAGGCGGGAGAGAAACGCGUCCUCAGGCAGCGACACCUCCGGCCCCCUCCACCGCCGUCUCCUCGCUCCGCCCUCCCCCAGCCUGCACCGGCCGUGCGCGCCGGAAGCGGUGCGCUCCGUUGCUGUUCCCACCGAGCCGGGAGGAGCCAUGGGAGCCAAGCGGCGUAGCGUGGACAGCCAGGGGCCGCGGGGCCCGCCGCCACCGGCCAAGAGGGCCCGUGACGAGGCACGGCCUCGGUCUGCCCGAGCGCGGGGCGGCGGCGCGGAGCAGUACGUGGUGGGGCAGGUGGCGGGCAGCCUCCGGCCCGGCGCGGCCAGCCUCCGGCCCGGCGCGGCCUCAGGCGCGCCGCUCGCCCGCCUCUUCAGCCCCUCGGCCGACGGGGCCGUGCCCGCUUUGCUGCCCGUGCCGGCGGAAAACAGGAAAAGAAAGCAGGCGGAAGUGGAGAAAGUGGCUGUGGACCAGAGCUCUUCUGUCAUCAAGAAAUCUCCUAUAGGACCAAAGAAAGUCAGAAAGAAGGAACUUUCAAAAGCAGAGAAAAAGCUGGCAAACAGAGAGAGUGCUUUGGAGCAGGCAGAUGAAGAAGAGAAACAAAAACAGUUUCAAAACAAAGUGAAACCAAAAAAAGGUGCUUCUCAUGCCAUCUCCAGAAGUGCUGUUAAUUCAGAUACAGGCACUACUGUGAAACAGAAAAAAGAAGAAAAGGUGGACAGUGAAACUGUGGACAGAAGAACAGUGUUUGUGGGAAACCUGCCUGUCAACUGUACUGCUCAGGUACUGAAAUCUCUUUUUAAAGAGUAUGGACAAAUAAAAUCUGUUCGAUUCCGGUCUUUGGUUCCAGCAGAAGCUACUUUAUCCAAAAAGUUGGCAGCAAUAAAAAAUAAACUGCACCCUAAUGUGAAGUUCAUUAAUGCCUAUGUUGUAUUUAAGGAAGAAGGUGAUGCCGUUAAGGCCCUAAAGGAAAACGGAAGAGAAAUUGCUAGUGGAUAUCACAUCAGAGUUGACAUUGCAUCAAAAAGCAGUUCGCAUGACAAUAAAAGAUCCAUAUUCUUGGGAAAUCUCUCAUAUGACAUCAGUGACGAUGCUGUGCGAGAACACUUUUCUGUCUGUGGAGAUAUAGUAGGAGUGCGAAUUGUGAGAGACAGAAAGACAGGCUUGGGUAAAGGCUUCGGCUAUGUUCUCUUUGAGAAUACGGAUGCUGUACAUCUUGCUCUGAAACUCAACGAGUCUGAUCUUAUGGGAAGAAAGGUAAGAGUGAAGCGCUGCGGAAAGAAGCAGAAGGCACCGCAGAAAAGUGGAGAUCAGUCUCGUUCUCUGAAGGACAGAGCUGAUACUACAUCAAAAACCAGGAGCUGCUCUAAUACUUCAUUUGUUGGUGAAAAAGCAAUCCCAUUGAAGAAGAGCACUAAAGUGAAAGUACUAAAAACUGUGCCUAGAAGUAAAGCUGUGAAGAAAACAGUCUUUUGAUGAAAACUAUGGAAGUGUUCCUUAUUGUUUAAAGAUUGAUGUAUGUAAGACUGCUUUGCUAUAAAUGUUGUUUACUAAUA